UAUUAGCAUUGAGUGGAAAGAAAGUUUCUAACGUUUUUCUGUGAGUCUGUUAGUUUGUUUAGUUUUGCAUUGGUUAUGAAAAAAAAAUCAAGAAUUAAAUUCAGCAAUUUCGUUCGAGCAAAUUAGAAUAAUUGAAAAUAUAAACGAAAAUGUUGCCGCCAAGUUCAACCGUUUCAAAGUUCAAGGCAAUUAAAUUUGAUUCGGAGAGUUUUCGUCGAUUCAAAUUUGCAGCACUCGGUACACUGUUCGUCUGCACUGCCUCUUUAAUAGUUUUAUUUGAUCCGAUUGCACAGAUAGUCAAGGAUCAACUGUCGAUCAGGGAAGGAUCUUUGCUGUUCUAUUUAUUCAAAAGUCCACCACUUGAAGUCUUCAUCAGUGUGUAUGUGUUCAAUGUAACAAAUGUGGAAGCUUUUCUGAAUAAGGAAGAUUCGAAAUUAAAAUUGCAAGAAGUUGGACCCUAUGUGUACCGCGAAUUCUUGGAACAUACCAACUAUACCUUCAACAGUAACGGCACAUUGACUUAUUUCCCGAAGAGGACUGUUCAAUUUAUACCCGAACGAUCAAUUGGUGACCCCAAAAUAGACAUCGUUACCGUACCGAAUAUUCCAUAUUUAGGUGCAUCGUCGGCAGCUGCAGAAAUGUCCGUAUUUGCUGCCUUAGCACUCAGCACGUUGACAGCAACAAUUAACUCACAGCCGAUGCUCAACCUAACCGUUGACGACUACUUAUGGGGCUAUGAUGAUCCAUUGGUGAAACUAGCCGCCAAUGUCAUACCAAGCAUCAUUACAUUUGAAUCAUUUGGAUUGUUAGACAGAAUGUUCGACGAAGGAUCGAAUGCUGUUACAAUGAAUCUUCCGCAACAAGUGGAACUGCAACGUCGAGAAACCGAAAAACAGCUCAACGUUCCGCACACCGAACCCAAAUACGACAACGGCGACGAGAAUUUUUCGAAUAAUUUCAUCGAUAGUGAACUGAUGAAUAUGGCUGAGUCAUUGUAUCAGAAAGACACACAUGAAACCUCACAUGAAACAUACAAACCGCAGAUUCGAGAUUACUCAAUCGAUUCGUGGAACGGAUUAGCCGGAUUGGACUAUUGGGGCUACUCGAAUAAUGAAAAGGACGGAUCAAAAAACACAGUAUGCAAUACACUGCGUGGUACAUACGAUGGUACGCUGUUCCCACAAAACAUAUCACAAAAUGAAGAGUUUCGUGUGUAUCGAAAAGCGUUCUGUCGCACGCUGCCGAUCCGAUUCGAUCAUGCCGGUGAAAUAGACGGGUUGCAGGCAUACUACUUUGAAUUGACUGAAAAUGCAUUCGAUAGUGACGUUGUCGAUCCCAGUUCGUCGUGCUUCUGUCCGAAGGGAAAGUGUUUGCGGAAAGGACUCGGCAAUAUAACGCCGUGCUAUUACAAUAUACCAGCUGCAGUGUCAUAUCCUCACUUUUACCGAUCCGAUCCAACUUUACUUGACGAAGUUGAUGGCCUUCAACCAAAUGCAGAGAAACAUGGUUCCGAAAUUGUUCUACAACCCCAAUUGGGCGUGCCAAUGAGAGUGCAUUCGCGUCUACAAAUCAAUCUGCUGUUAGACAAAACAAAGUUCAACAGUCGCGUGAAACCAUUCGACAAUAUUGUUUUACCAAUUGUGUGGUUGGAAAUAUCCGUUGAAAGGCUUACGCCCGGCCUAAUUGUACUAUUACAUCUACUGUUCAACAUAUUGCCAUACGUUCAAGUUGGUUUGGUAUGUUUGCUGUGUGUUCUCGGCGUGUCGUUGUUUGCUGUUGCUGCCAUAUCACAUUGCUUUUCAGCAACGUCCAGGAAUGAGUACAGCCCGAAAAGAGAUGUGAAACAAUCUGCAAUUUACUGGUUUCCAUACAUCAAGAAGGAGUUCGAAAAAUACACUGAUGCCGAGCACAAGUACCAAAUCGGUUGUGAAGUUUAGUUAACCCUUUAUUGACGGCUAUGUCAUCUGUUGUCGCGAUUUAGACUGACUAUAGCUGAUUGUUAUUGUUGAAAGUAGUGAAGUAAGAAACAAUUUUUUUUUCAAUCUGUCGCAAAUGCUUCGAUUAAAAGAAGUAAAGGAUUCCAUGCUGGUGAUGUUAUUGCCGUCUGUGAAUGGUUAACAACAAAAAAUAGAACUUAGGUGAUAAGAGGUUGAAUGUAUUACAAGUGAGUUGUAAAUAUGUGUAGGAUGUGCGCUCAACGAUGUGAAGUCAUGGACUAUUUUGAGAAAUCAAUUUCUCAGAAAUGAACCUGGAUCAUCCUGAUUUGGAGCCGAAUAUAAUGGUUAGAAAGGGAAUUAUGAUGGAAAGACCCACAGAACUUUGUGACAUAUUUUUAGCCGAGACAUGGCUCAUUUUUGUGGAAAUGUACGAAAGUGUAGACCAUGGUGUCUUCUGCAUUUUCUUUUACAUUUGCACUAAAAUGAGCUUCAUUGUAAAAAAAAAAAAAUUGAAAGAAUGUCUCGGGCCAAAACUAUGUCACUAAGUUCUAUGAGUCAUUGUUUCUUGUGACGAUAGGAUCGUUCAUCAAGUAUGUCACGCGUGCAAAAGUGAUGAUGGAUGCAAGAUAUGGUCGAAAAUAUGAUUGAAAGAGAUGCAAAUAGCCGACACGCGUGACAUACUUUACGAAUGAUACCUACGGUCUGAUCUCGGUUUUGGCUCGGAUCAAUGAUUUUCACACUAGAGGCACUACUUCCACCGUUUGCUCUAUCGGU